CAAACCGACAUUGGUAGUUUGACAAUUGACAUUGAACUUUCUAGCAAAUACUCAAAAAUUAAAUCAAAUUUCAGGCUUAAUUAUUCUGUUUAUCUGAAAACACAAAACAUCAAUUAUACAACCCUAACCCCCUGCUCAAGUUCUCUACUCCUCAAGUUCCCUGCUCAGUGCUCAAUCACCGAGUCACGAGUCUCACAACCCAAGUUCUUCUCGGCGACCUGACGGAGUGACGGUGUUCAGGGGCUGCUCACUGUUCUCGGCCUCCAACUCCUCCAAGGCUCCAAUUAAGUAUACGUUGCGCUACCCCUGUUGGAUCCGUCACUGCUGGAGUACAAAUUUACAAGCCAAAGACUGCAAAUCCAAAGCUUUAAUUUUCAUAGAUUCAUCAUAAACUAAAUGGCAGCUCCUUUAAUUGCUGGGAUGACUGUUGCCGCUGCUGCUCUUGCUGGUAAAUAUGGAAUUCAAGCUUGGCAAGCAUUCAAGGCACGUCCACCAAGACCUCGAAAGUUUUUUGAAGGUGGUUUUCAACCUAAGAUGACCAGGAGGGAAGCGGCUCUUAUCCUUGGCAUAAGGGAGAGUGCAGCUGCAGAGAAGGUCAAGGAAGCUCAUAGAAAGGUAAUGAUUGCAAACCAUCCUGAUGCCGGUGGAAGCCAUUAUCUUGCCUCUAAAAUCAACGAAGCUAAGGACAUGAUGGUUGGGAAGCCCAAAGACAGCGGCUCUGCAUUCUAAAUUUGGGGAGGAUAUUUUGUUUUAACCCUCGGAAAUAAGAUUAUUUUCCUACCCCUCCACCAAAACCAUGGCUAGAUGCCUGCGCCUGAGUCUUCAAAGUUGGUGAAGGAACUCAAGUACCCUUUUUUUUUGGAAUUCCUUUGGAAAAGCAAAGGUGAAUGAGUAUAUACAAGUUGUAGUUGGCUGCAAAUUUUGAACUUGUACGCUAUUUGACUGGUAUAAACACCAAAAUUAUUGAUAUGAAUUCCUCUCAUUAAUCAUUAUCUUGUCAUGUCAUGUUUGUUACUGUAAUAUUGUAUUGCUGUAAUAUUGUAUAUUUGUAUUGUUGUUAAAGUGUGAAGUUUAAGCUAUUUGGAAUGGAAAUCUUUAUGGAAUUUUCA